AUGUCUCAUCAAUUACAAAGCCUUGAUGAAGCAAUGUCUAACAUGCAGAUGUACGGUUACUACGUAUCUGAGAAGUGGCUUCAUGAGAUUGCUCUUUCCUUCCUCGCCAAGCUACAUCCCGACAUUUCCGAAACCAAGGCCGUGACCAAUGCCAGGGGAAACCCUAGUUACAGCUUCAGAAAGACCUUCCACAUUCACUCACUGUCAACUGCAUAUGCAAUCCUGCCUCCUGGACAGAUAGUUCCAGCAGAAUGCAUGUUUAAAGGUGCCGUUCACGUGCUGUACAUCUUCAACGACCAGCCUUACAGUUAUCGUUACCGCCCUACUCAGAAACAAGUUGAUGAACUCACUAGGUUCAUGGGCAGAGAGCCACAGUGGGGUCAAGUUCGGUAUCGUCUAGGGUCCAAAAAACCUAGACUAGGCACGCAGCUCCUGAGCGACGAGCAUCUCGGAUUAAGAAUGCGCUCGUUGAAAUCCUCGUCGAUCGAUACUGUGACAAACUUCGAUUGGCCAACGCGGAUGAUAGACGUCAUGAUCAACAUGGAUUUGGUGAAUGUUAUAGAAACAUUAACAAUAGUACAUACCUCAGCACGGAGUGUUGGCGUUUGGCCGGUUGUUUGUAAGGUCAUCGAACCGCAACACAAGCUUCAUCAGCGCCGAGGCGAGUACCAAACCCAUGAAAAAGUCGAUGAGGGCUGA